CCGUCAUUUACCGGCAUUGCGCGCGCCGCUCAUGACAUAUUACGAUUCGUUUUCCCUCGCUUUUUGUGUUUUUUUUUCAUCGUGUAAACUUCAGUAUAUAGUGAAUGUGCUCAUUCAGCCACUUGGAUUUACGGGUGCCAUCUAAACGUAUGUGUAAAGGACAUGGCUUUAUCGACAAGUCGCCAGCAGUUCCUGGCGUGUGAAACUCAAGGUCUUGAUGACAUUCACUAUGGUAGAAAAGGAGGAAUUUUUAUUUCGACUUGUAUAUGCAUCUCUUUUGUAAUCUUUGCGGUUAUUCUUGCUUUCAUAGUCGGAGUAAUUGUUUAUUUUGUGACAUAUUUUAAGAUAUCACAAGAAGCACCACAUGAUUUUUGGGACGACACAGAACCAUUUGGGUACACAAAUGCGCCCUCACCCGACCUGCGAUUACCACCUUAUGUAUAUCCAAGUUUUUACAGAUUAAAAUUAAAAACUGACAUUGAGAAUUCUGUCUUCAGUGGAGAUGUAUACAUCACACUAAGGGCCAGUAAACAAGUUAAAGAAAUUAUUUUACACUCAAAAGGUCUUAGUAUUAAUAAGAAUGCUAAACUUACGGAACAGAUUUAUGAACAAGAAACAAUUAAUGCAAGGAAAAGGCGUGACAUAAGUAAUAUCACUGAAUUAACCACAAUAAACACCGUAUCAGUACCACAAAAUGAGUCAGAAAAUUCAGUUACGAAAGAAAACAAAACAGAUAUAUUUAAUCAUACAACAUUAAAUCCACUUAACAAUCUUGAGCUAACAGUUGACACUCAAGUGACUCACAGCAGUGUACGUAAUAUAAAGAUAUUGUCAAUAAAGGAGAGCACCGGAGACAGAUUGAUACUAACAUUAGAAUCACCACUUAAAUCUGGUAUUGAUUACAUACUGGAGCUGUCGUUUACUGGAAAUAUAUCCAAUUCGAUGACUGGCUUCUAUAAAAGUACAUAUACUACGAGUAAAAAUGAGAUAAAGAAACUAGGUGUAACUCAAUUUGAACCUACAUCAGCCAGGGCGGCAUUUCCAUGUUUUGAUGAGCCCGCUUUCAAAGCCAAGUUUGAAAUCAGUAUAUCACAUCUAACUAAUAUGACCGCAUUGUCUAACAUGAAAGUAUCUGCCCAGGAAAAUAUAGAAGAAGAGCCCGGCUGGCAAUGGACACAUUUUGAAAGAUCAGUAAAUAUGUCUACGUACUUAGUUGCUUACGUCAUAUCAGACUUUAAAUACUUAGAGACAAACUACACAAGUAAAGACAAUAUAACAAAAUCCAUCAAAAUAUGGACGAGACCUGAACUUAUACAUAAAGCUAAAUACGCUUUAAGUAUAACACCGAAACUUCUAGAAUAUUAUGAAGAUGUUUUCGGUCUACCUUACGCUUUGGAGAAAUUAGAUUUGAUAGCGGUUCCUGAUUUUUCCAGUGGUGCGAUGGAAAAUUGGGGUUUAAUUACAUUCAGGGAAACGACACUUCUAUUUGAUAAAGAUGAGAAUGUACCCAGAGAUAAACAGAGUGUGGCCAUAGAUAUAGCCCACGAAUUAGCCCACCAGUGGUUCGGUAACUUGGUAACAAUGAAAUGGUGGACCGACCUAUGGCUUAAUGAAGGAUUCGCUACUUACAUAGAAUAUGUUGGUGUUGAUCGUAUUGAACCGGAAUGGAAAAUGUUUGAAUCAUUGACACAGGAUAAAAUGAAUCUCUUAAAAUCUGACGCUUUGAAGAACACCUCGCCUGUGUCCCGAAAAGUUAUUGAUGCUUCGGAGAUAUCUCAGAAGUUUGACGAAAUAUCUUACAUGAAAGGUGCAAACUUGAUACGAAUGUUAAAUCAUACGAUUACUGAAGAACUGUUCCAUAAAGGAUUAGAAACUUAUUUGAAUAAUUGGAAAUAUUCAAAUGCGGUUGAAAAUGACUUAUGGGAAGCGAUGUCUGAAGUUAUAAAGAAUCACUCGAUGUUCCAACAUUUGUCUGUGGUUGAGUUCAUGAACUCGUGGACGAGACAAGCUGGUUACCCUGUGGUCAAUGUGGAGAGAGAUUAUGACAAAGGAAAAGUCACUUUCACUCAAAAAUUGUUCACAAGUAGUGGUGAACCAUACAAGGAGAUGACAGAUCAGUUGUGGCAUAUACCACUCAGUUAUGCCACCAUGGAUGUACCACGUGCCAAUUGGACCACUAGGCCCAGGCUGUGGCUGACUGACAGAACUGCCACCACUGACUUGCACAUAAAUGACACUCAAGCUUUAUAUGUCAAUAUUGAUGCUAUUGGUUACUAUCGAGUGAACUACGACAAGAGAAAUUGGGAACUAUUAAAUCAGGCUCUGAAAUCAAACAACUUCAGUAAUCCUUUAACCAAGGCUCAGUUAAUAGAUGAUGCUUUUAACUUCGCUAAAGCUGACCAGCUCGAGUACAGCUACGCUUUAGGACUUACAACUUGUGUCAUCAACGGAGAGGAUUCCAAGAUCGUUUGGGAUUUAUUACUUAAUAACAUGUACUUCUUGAAACAUAAUCUAAGAGCAACUUCAGGAUAUGUUUAUUUCCAGGAUUAUAUGAAUAUUAUAUUGAAGAAGCAACUCGAACGCCUUAAUUAUGGCCUUAACACUCCCAAAGACGAUAACGAGGCGUUCCUUAUCGAGAGCUUAUUGAUGUGGGAGUGUAUUGUGGAGUCCCCGCGGUGUCUCGACUGGGCCAGACAACAGUUCUACUCCUGGUCCACACAAAAAGACCUUACUAAUAACCCUAUACCAAAUUACCUUCGUUCGUUGGUUUACAAUAUGGCGGUGAAGCACGGCGGGCGGCGAGAGUUCGACUUCUUCUGGAAGCUGUUCCUCAACUCCACAGACCCUGGUGUGAGAAGUCAGGCCAUCAACGUGCUGCCCAGCACUCGCCAGGAGUCACUUAUAUCUAUGUUACUGGAGAAGAGUCUGUCAGAGAUCCCGAAGCAGUACGCGGUAGCUGUGUGGAGUGUGGAGCCCCCACUUGGCACGAGGCUGGCGCAGGACUUCCUCAUUCAUAACUUCGACAGAGUAUACGAUAAAUUCUCACAAAUGGACGCCUUCAUGUUCCCAGCAGUUGUCAGCGGAGCCUUCGGAUUUAUUACCACCACUGAAGAACUAAAUAAGUUGAAGAAGUUCGCUCACGAGCACAAAGAGAAGUUGCUGCCGAUGUCUCAGACGUUGCAGAAGAUAGUGGACAGUGCCACCAUGCGUAUACACUGGCUGCAGCGACAUGCUGCACACAUCAACAACUGGUUCCAGCAAUACGUCACAGUGAAUGCUACAAUGUUUCAAGAGUCAAUAGACAACACAACACAACCUCUGCUCACACAAAACAUCACAUUCAAUAUUCCCGCCAACAACGCUGACAACGCCACAGUGCUGCCAACUGACAGGACUGAAAGUGUUGCCAGUACUAGUCCACGGUAGAUUGUAAGUGUUACUAUAAUGUUCCUUCUUAGCUUAAGUUACCAAUGAAAUCUAGUUGUUUUAAUAUAAUUAUU